UUUAUUGUUGACAUUGUUGGCUCAGCUUGAGUGUGUCCACGAAUAAUUUCUUCGCGGUGCACUCCCAUCUUCGGAUAAAGUAUCUUUUUUUGCAAGGGAACUGAUAAGAAUUAGUGCGUCGACUACGUUAAUCAUCGCUCAAAAUGAAUGCGGAUCUAGACCAGUGGAUAGAAAUCACCAAACAUUGUAAAUACUUACCGGAAAAUGACCUGAAAAGGCUGUGUGAUAUCGUUUGUGAUUUGCUGAUCGAAGAAUCGAACAUUCAGCCCGUGAGUAGCCCUGUGACCGUCUGUGGGGAUAUUCAUGGGCAGUUCUACGAUCUGGAGGAGCUGUUCCGCACCGGAGGACACGUCCCGGACACGAAUUACAUCUUCAUGGGUGACUUCGUCGAUCGGGGCUACUACAGUUUGGAGACUUUCACCCGCCUGCUGACCUUGAAGGCCAGAUAUCCGGACAAAAUCACCCUGCUGAGAGGCAAUCACGAAUCGCGACAGAUCACCAAAGUGUAUGGGUUCUAUGACGAGUGUUAUACCAAAUACGGCAACGUGAAUCCCUGGAAGUACUGCUGCCGGGUGUUCGAUUUGCUGACCAUUGCUGCCUUGAUCGACGAGGAGGUUCUCUGUGUCCACGGUGGGCUCAGUCCGGAGAUUAAAACGCUAGACCAGAUCCGGUCGAUCAAACGGGAGCAAGAGAUUCCCCACAAGGGUGCGUUCUGUGAUUUGGUCUGGUCCGAUCCGGAGGACAUCGAGACGUGGGCGGAGAGUCCCAGAGGGGCCGGCUGGUUGUUCGGUGCUGCCGUCACGCGCGAGUUUAUCCACAUCAACGGGCUGGAGCUGAUUUGCCGGGCCCAUCAGCUGGUGCACGAGGGGAUUAACUAUUUGUUCGAUCAGAAGCUGGUCACCGUCUGGUCGGCCCCGAACUAUUGCUAUCGCUGUGGAAACGUGGCCGCGAUACUCAAGUUCAACACGUCCAAGGAUUCGAUGGUGGAGAUUUUUAAGGCCGUCCCGGAUAACGAGAGGGUUAUGCCGAGCCAACGCAUCACACCGUAUUUCUUGUAAUAUAUGCAAAUGUGAAGAAAAUGCCUCUUAACGCAGCGAUUAGUCGUUUAUUGAAAAUUAUGUGUAACCAAAAGUGAAUAAAAUUACGCUAUGAGAUCAAAA